UGGCGAAAGCCCCAUCCGUUCCUCCGCCACAAACCAAACGCCAAUUAAUGGCUUGACCAACCACCGCGCGCGCCGCCGUCUUUCGCCGACGCCGAGGAGGCCGGCCAUGGCGGCGCCGCCCAGGCCCAUACCCUCCAUCCACCGGCAACCGCCCAAGCCAACCACCACCCACGUCGCCCGCUGCUUCCGCGACCCGCCCAAAGCCCCCGACACCAACAGCAACACCAACCCGCUCCUCUCCCUCCUCUCCGCCGUGCCCGACUGGGCCGACGCCGUCUCCGAGCGCCGCAUCCGCGACCGCCGCCCGCUCUACACCCACGCCGACUGGCGGGAGCACCGCAGCUCCCGCCGCCACCUGCGCCACCUCCUCUCCUCCCUCACCUCCCGCGUCAUCCUCUCCCUCGCGCCCCCCGUCUCCGCCUUCACCGCCUUCGCCGCCGCCAUUGCCACCUACAACACCCUCCUCCCCGCCUACGCCCUCACCGCCUCCUCCCUCCCCUACCAGCUCACCGCCCCCGCCCUCGCCCUCCUCCUCGUCUUCCGCACCGAGGCCUCCUACGCCCGCUUCGACGAGGGACGCAAGGCAUGGAUGCGCGUCAUCGCCGCCGCCGCCGACCUCGCCGGGAUGGCCAUGCGCCACCACAACCCCCCUGCCACGCGCGCCCUCCUCAACUACAUUCUCGCCUUCCCGCUCGCGCUCAAGUGUCAUAUAAUCUGCCAUUCGGACAUAAAAAGGGACCUUCAGGGUUUGCUCUCAGAAGAUGACUUGAAUGUUGUUCUCAGAUCAAAACAUCGUCCUCGCUGUAUUAUUGAGUUCAUUUCACAGAGCCUCUAUAUGUUGGAUUUCGAUGAAAAUAAGCGGAAUAUCAUGGAGUCUAAACUAUCUUGUUUUCUUGAAGGAAUUAGUGUUUGUGAGCAGCUCAUUGGGAUUCCUAUUCCUCUCUCAUACACUAGACUCACUUCCAGAUUUCUUGUUCUGUGGCAUCUCACGCUUCCAGUGAUACUCUGGGAUGAAUGUAAAUGGAUAGUCGUUCCAGCUACUUUUAUCAGUGCUGCCUCUCUAUUCUGCAUUGAGGAAGUUGGUGUUCUUAUUGAGGAGCCAUUCCCCAUGCUAGCUCUAGACGAGCUGUGCAAGCAGCUCCAUGACAGCACGCAGGAUGUGAUGUCGGUGCAAAAUUUGGUUCACAAUCGACUAGCCGCCAAGACAAAGGACCAAGACAGUGGCAGCAUGCGAUGUUCAGACAACGGGUGGCCUAGCUCCAAAAGCGAACAAGCAAAAAUUGAUUGAGCAAAGGUGCGGAAUUAUGAAGGCUAUACUAGUACAUGUCAUUGCAAAGCAAUAAAGGCCUUGUUGGUUCAAUAUCAAGCAAGGUAUAAAUCGAUGGUGUGCAUAUGUACCCUGGCUGCAUAUUUGCCAUCCCAUUCGCAGGUCCAUUUUGGUACAUGGAUGUACUCCAGUACGAGAGCUAGGAUUUCAUCAUCCAAUGUAAAAUUGAUUAAGCGAUCAGAUGCGGUGACCUUACGUAGCCUAGUUUGCUGGAGGAAGCAUGCGUGUUACGGAUGUAGAGAGAUAUGGUGAAUAGUUCCUAGAUGUGUGUAUAUAUGUAGAAAAGAUUUUGACGAGCCGUAUCAGCCCGUAUGUAAAGAUUUGACAUUACGUACUGUUAUGUUGUUAUUGCCAAACAGAAUACAGUAGCUGGUGGAAGGGCUUUGACAUGAAGAGAGUUGUCGUUUAGUC